CCAAAUUGAUGGAGAUGAAAGCUUUAAAAAAAAGUUUAUAUAAAGAAAACAUUACUUAAAAAACAAACCCAUCAAUUAUUUAUGAAGAUCAAGUUGUGAUGCAGAGAUAUCUCUGGCAUUCCCUUGGAAAUCAAUAAGCUCAAAUUUGUGUUUGUCUUUCAUGGCCAUUUCCUUGAUUCCUUGAAUCGUUUCAGAAGAAUUUCCAAAACCAUUAUUUUUUUUUCUGGGUUCAGGGGUUGGAAGAGACGCAUAAAACCGACAGUCAUAUGACAUCGGCUGCUGCCUUUGUGGAAGGGGGAAUCCAGGAUGCCUGUGAUGAUGCUUGCAGCAUAUGCCUCGAGGAGUUUUCUGAAAACGAUCCUUCAACAAUGACUAAUUGCAAGCAUGAGUUUCACCUCCAAUGCAUUCUUGAAUGGUGCCAGAGAAGUUCGCAAUGUCCCAUGUGCUGGCAAGCCAUUAGCUUGAAGGACCCUGCAAGUCAAGAAUUGCUUCAAGCAGUCGAAAGGGAAAGAAGCUUUAGGGAUACCUCAUCAAGAAAUACCACGAUAUUUCACCAUCCCACCCUUGGUGAUUUUGAAUUGCAACAUUUACCAGUGGGUGUGAAUUAUCCUGAACUUGAAGAGCGUAUAAUACAGCACUUGGCUGCCGCCGCUGCAAUGGGAAGGGCCCACCACGCUGGUCGGAGGGAGGGACAGAGAAGAUCAUCGGCUCAAAGUAGUCCGCACUUCUUGGUGUUCUCCACUCAUCCUGGUGCUGAGGAUUCUGGUUCUGGAUCGUUGCCUCUUACUCAGGUAGCAGGGGGAACUGAUGCAGCUGCAGUCACCGUUGCUAAUCCAUCUACUCCACUAUUGUCUGGAGGAGAUGAGUUAUCCCAACGGAUAUCACCAUUUCCUUCUAGUCAAAAUACAUCUGCAUCUGGAUCCAUUGUCAAUCCAGUAAACAGACGAGGAUUUUCCUUUAAUAAUCGAAGCACCUACAGUAAUUCGUCAUCGACAAAUCAGGAGAGAAGCAGACCAUCAGAGUUACAAUCAUUUUCAGAGUCUUUAAAAUCCAGAAUUAAUGCAGUGUCCUUGAGGUACAAGGAAUCGAUCUCAAAGAGUACUAGAGGCUUGAAGGAGAGGUGGUUCUCACGCAACUCUCCUAUGCCUGCUGUCGGGAAUGAAGCUUGGAGAGAAGCGAGUGCAGGAAUUUCUAGUGUGUCUCGAAUGAUGGAGCAUCCUGAGACUGAUGAAAAUAGCAGACAAAAACAACAUUCUAUGUUGCAUCAUUCGGCUGGAUCCUCCAAUACAGAGCUACGAAACCGGGAUAACCCUUUAAGUAUUAGCCCUUCACCUUCACCCUCACCUUCACCUGCUUUGCAUGCUGCAAGUUCCCUUUCUGAUUAAUUUAUGAGAAGUCAGUUGGGCAAAUCGCAUCUAUCCUCGGCAUUUAAUCUUUGUAGGUGAGUCAGGUUAGCAUGUUUGCUUUGUAUUCAUCUUUCGCCUUUGUUUAAUUGUUUACUCAGCAAUAGAGAACAAUGAAUUUUUCAUCCACCAUUCUUCUGACUGUCCAGUUUUUGCUGGUAUCGAUCUUGUCAUGAUUCCUCAUUCAACGCACGAGUACAGGGACUUGGUGAAAUCUGCUGCAUCGACCGAACCUGUACCAUGUUAUUCCAUCACAUAUCAAUAAAUCUAAUCAUCACAGCUGAAACCAUUGCACCUUUCAGCAGAUUUAUACUUCAGCUUUAAUCUUUGUAAUCUAUUCGACUCACCAUUUUCUAUGUUUUCAGGUAGCCAAUCUCGUUUCUCCAAAAAUGGCGUGCUGAUGGAAAGAUGCCUUUGCAUUUCAGGCCAGGUGAUUUGCCAUUUACGGAUGGAUAAACUCAUUGUGCUUAAAUACGCCCAUAACAAGUCUGACAAAGAGCUUUCAUUUGCCCAGAAACCUUUUUUUUUUUAUGGAUAUAUCAUAUAUGCAUAUGUAUUCACUUAUAUGUGUGAAUUUUGUUUAAAUAUAAUUUGAUUCAGCCACCA